CACAAUUUCCAAAGAGGUUGCACAUUGGGGUUUGUGACAUUUGCCAGAAUCAGAUGGUGUGCACCAUAGAUAUAAAGUGUAAACUUUAUAUCUGUAUGGUGUAGUCGAAUUUUUUCUGUAUAAUUAAUAUUCGUAUAUGUAAUAUGUAUAUAAUAUUACAUUAUCAGCAGAAUAAUACUGUUGUAAGUAAUAAUUUGUAUGUUUUGGUGAAAACAAAGUUCACGGUGGCGUUUGGCCCGUUUUCUUGUAAAAUGCCUUCAAUGUCGGUCUGAAAUAGGAAUUACUCGAAAGAGAAUUCAUCAAAUAAUCAACAGAAACAUGACUUCGGAAAGAGUGGUAUGGGUCGAGAUAAUCGAACCCAAGACAAAAGAGUAUAUGUACGCUAAUUUGACGACCGGCGAGUGCGUUUGGGAUGCGCCAAUCGGAGUGCCCGUCAAAAAAACUGACAACAAUCAAUGGUGGGAGCUAUUUGAUCCGGUAACCAAUCGUUUUUAUUACUAUAAUGCUGCUUCUCAAAAAACGGUAUGGCAUCGGCCUCCAAAUUCUGAUAUCAUACCAUUGGCAAAAUUGCAAACAUUAAAACAAAAUACCGAACCGAAUGAUGAGAAUGAUCGUAAACAUCCAAAAGAGUCUGUAUCGACUCAGACGCCGGGUCGAAGUAGAAUGGCUCUACCGCUAUCUUCAAGUAACCAAAAAUUGGGUAACGUUGAAAACGUUCGCACUUUCAAGAUGAUGGAUCCCGUCUCGACAACUAAACGGUCUGUGGAUUCAGAAACUCAAACUUCACCCCUUACACCUCGUAGAUCACAUCAUCACCAUCAUCAUCAUAGCAACAACAACAAACAUCAGCAACAAGCGAGUACACCAACCCGUGGUCGACGUGGUAAUCAACCAAACAUGUGGUAUAACCGUACAGCUUAUUCUCAGGAUUCUGGUCGUUCGAGUGAUUCGAGUUGCGUAUCUAUUCAGUCUUCGAGCGGGAAGGACGCAAAUGUCGGUUUAUCAAUGUCAGCCAGUACACCAUUGUUCAAAAAGAAACUAUCUCAACCUCCCACUCCUCAAUCGAAUCUUCCUAUUCAACGUAGUUCUUCCAACGCUUCACAGUACCAGUUGUUGUUAGGCAAACAGAAAAGUUUCGACACUGACAUUAGCAUCGGGGGUGGCUACAGUCUGGGUCAUGACAACCGCAACAACAGUUGUUCGCGGCCCCGUCCCCCUGUUAUAUUGUCUUCCAGUCUGUCUAACAGUCAAAUUUCCCGUAGUCAAAGUUUCGCCCAAAAGUCAUUAGGCGUCAAGACGCCCCUAGAAGCCGAUGAUGAGGAUUCCAUGCACGAGAAAUAUUUAUCACCCAGUGGACUGAUGGGGAUGCCGCCAAGACAUGGCAAGAAAUCUGUAGAAUCCACACCACUGACCUCGCGAAAAUGGCAUUCCCAUUCUGACGCGGGAUCCCCGACAUCAUCCUCCAAAACUCGCCCUCCUCUAACUCCGGAGUACGCUAACUUUGCUGCUCCUCCUCCACCACUCGUAGCUCCUAGCCAAUCAAGUUCAAAAUCAUCAUUAACUCAAUCGACUAAAUUGUCGAAAAGUUCAAAAGAGGCGGGACUCUCUAGUAGUGACGAUGAAUCUGUCAGAGACCAAAAUUCCAGUUCCAGUGUAUCCAGUAGUCCUCCCACUACCGGUAAAAUCGAUCAAAGGCUUAAUAAAAGCGAGAACAAAAUUAUUGAUAACUAUCCGAAAACCAGACCUGUGUCGAAUCACUCUAGCUCAUCUAGUCAACGCGGUGGAGCUGUAAGGAAAAGUAUUAGUCCGGCCACUUCAGAUAAAAAACCAGCUCCGCUGUACAGCAAUAUAGACAUGUUCGAAGGAAGAAUUCUACCACUUCAUCAAUAUAUUUUAGAACAAAGAAAAUUAUCAGGUUCUGAAGAGGAAGAUGCCGAAAUUGAAGAUCUAAUUGGCGUGAUGGGUACGGCUACUGGAUAUGACAGCGACGAGUUCGCGGACGACGAGGGCGCGAUCAGUCAGGGGGAACAGUCUAGUUCGCCAUCGCCCUCGAAUACGUCUUCCAGACAUUAUCUGAGAGACGAAUUGGAUUACGAUCAUUUGACUGCAAUGCGAAUCUCUCAACCGCGGAGUUACACUAAUGACGGUCGUGUAUGCGAUUACGUAGUGGAAACUGCAAGUAACAACCAACACUAUUACAAUACGGUUACUAAUACUUUGGCGUCCCAAAGAUCUGCAAAUCUAGUCACACCAUCUAUACCAGAUCCUUUUUGUAGUUCGGCCCCGACACUUCCGUUAGAAACUCAGCAUACGUCGCUAAGAAGACGAAAAGACCAACACGUCCAGCCCUCUGCGGCUUUAUAUUCUCCGAUAAUGGAAAGAAACGAAUUUUUAUUGGCUCGCUACGCCAACACCAAUCGCACAGUAUUACACCCAUCUUUAGUUCAAGACGUUCGAACGCGAUUGCCUGGCUAUUACUACCAACAGGCGUCCCGAUCGUUGUUGAGUCGAGACAAAAAAACUACGUCGGAAAGCGACAUUGAAAAAUAUGCCCAGGACAACUUGAACAUACACAAGAAAGGUAUAUUCCGCAAGAAGUUUUCCGUCAGGGACAUGCUUUCUUGGUCGAAGGAUCCGAUUCGUAAGCCAAUGUUAGUGCUGUCGGACAAAGCGUUGAAAAAGGAAGCUUGCGAUCUGUUCAAACUAGUUCAGACCUACAUGAGCGAUCGUAAAGCCAAAUUGGGCAUGACGUUAAAUAGUGUAGCACUAGAAAUAUGUAUGACCGGUUUUAUGAAACCGACUCUAAGGGACGAACUAUACAUACAAAUAUGUAGACAGACAACUGAGAAUCCCAGAAAAGAAAGUUUACGUCGUGGCUGGGAACUGUUGGCCAUCUGUUUGUCGUUUUUCCCGCCUUCUCCGAAACUGCAAAAGUAUUUGGAAAGUUACAUGGAACGACAUCGCGACCCCGGUCUGGACAGUUAUUCCACAGAAGUCGGUCGGUGGCCAGUGCACGUACAAGUUAGCCAUUACGCCAGCGUAGCGACCAAAAGGUUACACAGAAUGGGCGUGGAUGGCAAAAAAGCGGUUCGACGACCUACUCUCGAAGAUAUCGAACAAGCAAGAAUGCAAAUAUUUAGACCCAGUCUGUUUGGGAAUACCAUCAAUGAAGUCAUCGAUCUUCAGAAAGAACGUUUUCCACAUCACAAAUUACCGUGGGUACAAACUACGCUCUCUGAUUUAGUAUUGAGGCUUCGAGGCGAUCAAACUGAAGGAAUAUUCAGAGUUCCGGCCGACAUGGACGAGGUAAUGUCAUUGAAGAGCCGCCUAGACGUUUGGGACGUGCCCGGUCCCGAGGAAUUGACCGACGCCCAUACGCCGGCGUCGUUGUUGAAACUUUGGUAUCGCGAGCUGUACGAACCACUGGUGCCCGACCACAUGUACGCAGAAUGCAUCGCGGCCCAUCAAGACGCCCGCCGUGCCAUAACGAUCGUUCAUCGAUUGCCUCCCAUUAACAAAUUGGUCCUGUCGUACCUCAUUCAUUUUCUGCAACUGUUCACCAAACCCGAAAUCGUUCAGAUUACCAAAAUGGACGCCAACAACCUGGCCAUGGUGAUGGCACCCAAUUGUCUGCGUUGCACGUCCAUCGACCCUCGCGUCAUAUUCGACAACGCUCGCAAAGAAAUGGCAUUUAUGCGUUUGUUGAUUUUACAUUUCGACGCCUCCUUCAUGGAAGGUGUUUUUUAAACUGUCGAGAUUUUUAAGUUCCAUACACGACUCCUAUAACUAAACCAAAGGUUAAUAUUAUUAUAUAGCAACAUGAUAUUGCACACUAAUUUUAGUAUUAUUAUUAAUUUUAAGUUAGUAUUUACUAUGAUGAUAUUUUGAUGUCUUGGUCGGUAGUUUAGGUAUGCGUUACCAGACGUGUAAUUGACGUUCAACAAAAAACAAAAUUGUGUAUUAUUUAUAACAGACUUCAUGACUUACUACUUGAAUUUUAUUCCCUCCCACUGCCUAUAUAUUAUUACGUUGUUUUUUUUUAAUUUUUUGCUUAUUAUUAUACAAAUUCACUUUUGUAAAGAAACUAAAUGUAUGUGUUUAUUUUUGCUUACACCAUUUUUAUUGCGGUAGAAAUGGAUUACUAUAUAAUAUAGUUUUAAAAAGUAACAUAAUAUAGUCAAAUAUAAUAUUGCGUACAACUAAAACGGUUUUUAAAGUGUAGUGAAAACAUUAUUUUAGAUCGAUCUUGAUGAUGCGGUGUACAAAUUUUUAACAAAAUAUUAUUACUAGCGAAAUAAAUCUGUAUUGUUUAGAAUUCGACCAAUGUUCAAUACCUUAUUUAGGGGCUAUGUACUUGUAACUGUCGUUAAUAAAAAGAGAAGCUUUGAAAAAGAGAUUUUUUUAUUUUUACUUCUAUUCUAAAAAACAAAAUGUUCCAUUAACACUUUAUAGUCUACUAAUAUAAAAAUUACAUAUAAGUGACUGUUUUUUUAAAUAUAUAUAUAGAGCAUUUAAAAAUACUCAACUUUUUUUUUU